UCAUGACAGCCAAUGGGUUUGAUGCUGUAAGUCAGACUCGGCAGAAGGGACUGAUUGUGCAGUGAGUUGCUUCGCUAGCUGUGACUACAGUGUAUCCCUCCCUCCCAACAACCUCACACACCAGGAGAGAGAGCCUUAUUGGGAGCUGUCCAGUCCUGUGGUACUGAACUCCAUGAAAAACAAACUUACAAAGCGGUUAGUAGCUGGAGGCUGAAAGUUUGGGAUACAACGACUUUUGGCAUUAGCAGGUUGUUGCUGAGAGGGAAUCCCUAGCACCUGUGCAGCCAAAAAUCUCUGUUUGGCAUAGCCUGCACUCCUGGUGUUGGGCAAAGACUGUCAAUGAGUUUCUAAAUAAAACGGUUCCGCUGAACCUCAACACUGUAACAGUCAAGCGAUUGUCUGAUUUCAUUUAAAAGACAUUUCAGAAGAAAAAUCUUAAGAAGAUACAUUUCAGCAAUAUGGCAUUUAUGGUGAAGACAAUGGUAGGUGGGCAACUGAAGAACCUUACUGGAGGUCUUGGAGGACGAGAGGAAAAAGGAGAAGGAGAUAAAUCAGCAGCAGAAGCCCAAGGGAUGACAAGAGAGGAGUAUGAAGAGUACCAAAAGCAGCUUCUUGAAGAAAAGAUGGAGAGGGAUGCUUUGUACACACAGCGCAAGGCUGAGAGAGCGACACUUCGAAGCCACUUCAGAGAAAAGUACCGCCUCCCCAAGAAUGACUUUGAUGAUGCACAGAUCCAGCUGGCUGGAGGAGAUGUUGAUCUACCCAAAGAACUGGCCAAAAUGAUUGAAGAGGAACAUGAGGAAGAGGAAGGAAAGUUAUCUGUCAUAGGACAGCUAACCAGCAUCCAAAAUCUUGACUUAGAAUCAAUCAAAGGAAAAGCACAGUCCACUCUGGAUGACCUGAAGGAGUCAGCAGAGAAGUGUAUAGUAAUGUGAGCUCUUGACCUGUAGUACUUGAUUUAAACAAGCUAACAGACAGUCAGGACAUUUAAUAUCACUGUCACAGCCCGAGUACUGAUGAUAAAAUUCAGGCCAGCUAAAGAAACACAAUCAAUGCCCAAAUUCCAGCAAAAGUGUUAGUUACCUAUCAAUAAGAGACUAACCCUACAAGUUUUAUUCUUAUUUGGAAUUGAAAAAUACCCUUCCAAAGCUACAGAGAACAACAAUUACCUGUUUAAAAUAUAUGUAUUCCUUUCCACAAAUUUUGUGUUAAGAGGAAUAAUGCUGGUUGUUUGAGUUUUGCUCACAAAAUAGAUGAUACAUAUAGAUCAUUUCUGAAGAACACAACCAGGAUAUACAAAUGGAAAAGGGGCCAGUUCCAAGUCAUACAGGGAAAAAACUGGAAAGCACAAAAUAAGUUAAAAGAUCAGGCAAAUUGUCUUACAGUGUGUGUGUGUGUUUUAUUAUACACUCCAUGAAAUAUCAAAUCCUAUUUUGUACGAUUAAAAAUGACAUUUUAGUGAAAGAUCAGAACUUGUACAAUGUAGAGAAUUUCAAUUGUUAUGUUGUAAAAUAUUCAGGCAUCUUAUUAUAUAGUACAGAGGUUCAUCAAGGUUGGAAUUCUAAUUUUUCAGCACAAAAACUCUCAAAUUCAAAUUAUAUUUUCAAAAACUCAAAUGUCUAGUAUUUAUUAAACAAAAAAAAACUCAUGUAAAAAAUGUAGGCAUUUAAAAGCUGGUAAGGUCAUUUAGAAGUCAAUGCAGGUUGUCCUAGGCAAAAUUCCAGUCAUUUUUAAUUUUUUUUAAUUCAA